GAGAGGGAGAGAUAAUGAGAGAAAUAAGGGAGGAGUAAGGAGUAGGUAGGAGCAGGAAGAUCCAGCCUUGUGCUUUUCUUUUAUGUCAUGGCUUGCAAGAAGGAAGAGCUUUUUCUUAAAAUCUUGCUUUUCCUCACCAUACUUGGAUCAACCCAAGGUAGGAGGUUCCACAAGCCGAGGCGGCCACAUCUCGAGAGAGCAAGCAGCUUCUUUUCAACACCACCACAAAGUUAUGACUACAUCAUAGUGGGUGGGGGCACAGCAGGGUGCCCCUUAGCUGCCACCCUUUCCCUGAGAUACAAAGUUCUGCUGCUAGAGAGAGGUGGCUCCCCCUAUGGGAAUCGCAACAUCUCCUUGAUGGAGAACUUCCACAUCUCUCUGGCUGACACCUCUCGGAGUUCCCCUUCUCAACCGUUCAUUUCCACCGACGGGGUCAUCAAUGCCAGAGCUAGAGUCUUAGGUGGGGGGACUUGCAUUAAUGCCGGUUUCUACACCAGAGCCAGCCCGAGCUAUGUGAGGGCAGCAGGUUGGGAUGGUGAGCUGGUGAACGAGUCAUAUCCAUGGAUCGAAAAGAGGAUCGUCCACUGGCCCAAGAUCGCACCAUGGCAAACCGCACUGAGGAACGGGCUGCUAGAAGCUGGUGUGUCACCAUUCAAUGGAUACACCUUCGACCAUUUGUAUGGGACCAAGGUUGGCGGCACCAUCUUCAACAAGAAUGGCUUCCGACGCACCGCUGCCGAUCUGCUCGCCGCCGGAAACCGACGGAAUCUCAAAGUCUUGCUUCAUGCCACUGCUCAGAAGAUUAUCUUCGAUACGCAAGGGCAGCAGCCCAAGGCAGUGGGAGUCCUCUUCAAGGAUGAGAACGGCUUGCAGCACCAAGCAGUCCUUAAUGGCGAGGAGCGCAGUGAAAUUCUAUUGUCUUCUGGUGCACUUGGCAGCCCUCAACUGCUGCUUCUUAGUGGAAUUGGACCCAAGGAAGAUCUCAUGAAGCUAAACAUUUCAGCGGUGUUUGACAAUCGGCAUGUCGGAAAAGGCAUGUCGGACAACCCCAUGAACUCAAUCUUCAUACCCACCAAGAAGCCUGUGGAGCAGUCCCUGAUACAGACCGUAGGGAUCACGAAGAUUGGUUCGUUCAUUGAGGCCAGCAGCGGCUUCGGCCAGUCAUCAGACAGCAUUCGCUGCCACCAUGGAAUCAUGUCUGCUGAGCAGAUUGGGCAACUCUCCACCAUCCCUCCGAAGAAACGAAGCCUGGAGGCGGCCAGGGAGUAUUCUAGGAGCAAAGGGAGCCUGCCCCGGGAGGCCUUCCAAGGGGGCUUCAUACUCGAGAAAAUUGACGGCCCGCUCUCCACCGGCGAACUCAACCUCGCCGACACGAACGCCGACAACAACCCAUCCGUCACCUUCAACUACUUCAGCCACCCGUACGACCUCCAACGCUGCGUCUACGGGAUCAGGAUGAUCGGGAAAAUUGUGCAGACGAGGCAAUUUGCUAACCUUUCCGACGACCACUUCUACUCCAUGGAAAGGUUGCUGAAUAUAAGCGUGAAGGCAAAUGUGAACUUGAUUCCCAAACACACCAAUGAUACUGCAUCGCUCGAGCAGUUCUGCAGGGAUACAGUGAUCACAAUCUGGCACUACCAUGGCGGAUGCCAUGUGGGGAAGGUAGUCGACCGUGACUACCGAGUUCUUGGCAUCGCCGGCCUGCGAGUGAUCGACGGCUCGACAUUUGUGAACUCGCCUGGGACUAACCCUCAGGCAACUGUCAUGAUGCUGGGAAGAUACAUGGGAGUGAAGAUGCUGAGGGAAAGGUUAGGGAGAGCAGGAGUGCAGCUGUGACUGAUGGAAAAAAAAAAUGCAUAACAUAGUACUAAUUCUUGCCAGGUUUCAUCUCGAGGCAAUCAAGUGAAAAAUAAAAAAAGAGAGAGAGGGGGAGAAAAGAAAUGGUAAAUUCAUCUGUCUUGGCCUUUCUAGGUUUCUCUGGAAAACAAUUGGUUGUACUGUGAACAGUCAAUGAUAUCCUGUUUUAUUAGGAUCUAGAUUGCUGCAUCAUGUACAAACUCUUAAGAAGUUGAAAUUCUCUUGACGAUCAAAAGUUCAUGCUUAAAGGUGUUUUUGGGCUCAGUAUGGUGGCUAUUUUAACUACUCU